CCUUUAAAACCCCUCCAAAAUAAUAAUUUCAUAUUCCUUUCCGCUAAUAUUCCUUUGCUCGUAAACUUUGCGAUCAGAACCCAAUAUAGGUUCUGCGCAAUUCGAGGGUUUCCAUUUUCAUGAUCUUUUACUUUUGACUAAAUUUAUUUAAUAUGGUUACAGUGGGCAGCAUGAGUGGACUUAAUUUAUGAGCACGAGAUCACGAAACUCUAUACAGUUGCGUAUUUGUUUUGCAGUGAUUGCAGUGAAAAUCAUCCCCAUGGAUACUGCUCUCAAAUUUACUCUUCUGUUGCUGCUUCUUAGAUUUGUGAAUGCUUCUACUAAAAAUGAUUUUCGGCACUGUGAAAGAAUUGUUAAAACUUGGGCACUUUCUUCCAUUGAUCAAGAAGUAAAAGAAGACAAACACAUACUGCAAGAUUUGCUGUUUUUUCUACAUGUUCCCCGGACAGGAGGCCGUACUUAUUUCCAUUGUCUUCUGAGAAAGUUGUACUCUAGCUCUUUGGAAUGUCCUCGUUCUUAUGACAAGUUGCGAUUUGAUCCAGGCAAAACAAAUUGUAGAUUAUUGGUCACUCAUGAUGAUUAUAGCAUGAUGUCCAAACUUCCAAAAGAGAAAACUUCGGUUGUGACUAUACUUAGGAAUCCAAUUGAUCGUGUGUUUAGUACUUAUGAAUUUUCAGUUGAAGUUGCUGCAAGAUUUUUGGUGCAUCCUAACUUAACUUCUGCCACACGAAUGGCUAAACGCUUGCGAAGUAAAAGUUCUGGAGUGAGCACUCUUGAUAUAUGGCCAUGGAAGUAUUUGGUUCCAUGGAUGAGAGAAGAUCUAUUUGCUCGGAGAGAUGCCCGAAAACAGAAGGUCAAUGUGGAUGUUAGUGGCAAUGAUCCAUACUACAUGGAGGAUUUUGUAAUGCCAUUACAAGAUUUCAUCAAUAAACCAACAGCUUGGGAUAUUGUUCACAACGGAGCAACAUUUCAGGUUGUUGGAUUGACAAACAACUCAUUUUUAGCAGAAUCACAUGAAGUUCGCCAUUGUGUUCAGAAGUUUAAGACUCUUGGUGAUUAUGUGCUUCAAGUUGCAAAGAAGAGAUUGGAUGAAAUGCUAUAUAUUGGUCUCACAGAGAAUCAUAGAGAAUCUGCAAACAUUUUUGGAAGGGUGGUUGGUGCACAGGUGAUUUCCCAGAUGGCGGCAUCAAAUUCUAGCAUAGAGGGUAGCAACAAAUCAGAACAUAGCUCUUCAUUGUCAGAUAUUAAGCCUGCUAGCAAUUAUCAUCAGAAUAGCACCCCAGACCAAAAAUCUGCUAAUGUUACUUCAGCUGAAAAAGUCGAAAUUCUAAAGGAAAAUAUGACUGUUGGAAAGCUCAUGCAAGAUUAUGAAGUGUGCAUUUCUUCCUUACGAAAGUCCCAAGCAACUCGACGUAUUAAUUCUUUGAAGAGAAUCUCACCAGUGAACUUUUCAAAGGAGGCACGUCUCCAAGUUCCUGAAGAGGUUCUGGAGCAGAUAAGAUCACUUAACAGCCUUGAUUUAGAGCUUUAUGAGUAUGCUCUGGACAUCUUUGCGAAACAAAAGCAGAAAUUAGCUUUAACGGAUGAAUUGGGAAGUCAUGGAUUUACCGGGAAGCUGGAUAGCAUACUCAGCCAUUCUUAUGGCAUCACGCUCUGGCAAGGCCUCUUAAUGGGCAUUUCUAUUUUCUUACUGGUCUUCUUCUUACUAUUUAUAAAUGCUAGAAGAAGAACUCCAAAAGUAAAAAUAUGAAUGUAUAUUUUUUUUGUUAACAUGUUGCAGAGAAAUGCAUGCACAAGAUCAUUUUGAAAACACGAGGGAAUUUUAGAAUUCAAUAUUGAAAAUGUAGUGCCAUUCUUGCAUCA